AUGGCGGCGACGCACAAACGAAAGCAAUCAACAGACACACAGACCCAGCCAGAGAGGAAACGGGCCAAGAUUGUUGAUAAGCAACACUCUGCCAGUGUGCUUUCCAAUCCCACCCUCACGCUGUCUCCUGACCCGCCCAAGACGGCUGCCUCAACCGCAAACGAAACCCCAUCUUUCCUUCCAACGCCACCGGAGCUGAAAAUGGAAGACUCAGAAAUGAGACGUGUGGAAUCUCCGGUGCGAGACGCAGACGCAGCGCGGUUACAGUCUAUCCGCAACGUCAUUCAGACACAGAUCAGUCUGGAAAUUCUGCUAAAGCACAAGGAACUCCGACUCAUUGACCAAGAGAUAGCCAAAUCCCAGGCUUCGUUGGAGCAGCUCCGUCGAUGCAAGGAGAUUCCUUUUCCAGGUACACAACAACUUUCUAUGGGUGUCAGCAAUGGCACUGGUCCAGCUCUACGCAGCUCAUUCCCCUCUCCACUGCCUCAAUCGCCCGCGCCUUGGGGUGUCCAAGAAGGCCCCUACGCGCGGCAUUAUGUGAAAUGGUUACUGCCCGACCCUCGCUUUGACGGUGGGGAGCCAGAGCCUUUGGCUAUCACUCCUGUCGGCAAGUCUCCCAUGAAAUUCAGAUCUCAAACGAGAGGACUAUUCGCAGAAGGCCCUUCAACAUCAAGCCAGGCUCGUGCGCAACGGAGUGGUAAAUUGAAAUCUUUGCCUGCCGGAUACAGUCAGCCGAAGGAGAAGGCAACAGGUCCCAUGAUCAUCAAGAGGAAAUCCGACGGGGCGACCGUGAAGCUGGUUUGUCCAGACUGUGGUCGGUUUGAUUUUGGGAGUGCCCAAGGUUUCAUCAAUCAUUGCCGGAUCGGCCACGGCCGGAGCUUCGCGAGUCAUGAUGCUGCGGCUGAUGCCUGCGGAGAAGCGGUUGAGGUCGACGAAACCGGCGCCAUGAUUGGAGUUGAGCCUGUUGUGACACCCGCUGCCGGCAAUGUCCAUCCUCUAAUCCGCUCAGCCAAACUUCUGCAACCCAUGCCACCUCGAAUUACAUCUCAAACAUCUUCUGUCACAACGCCUGCGACGGGAAGCGCCAAGUCCACACAGGUGUCGCCUGAUUUCAGGGGAUCUGCCUUGAUCCCCAAUCUUUCCGAGCUUGUUAAGGCUAGAGGGCUUGGACUUGAUUUGCAAGAACUGGUCUCAGAUGCAAAAACGAAAGUUGAACUGCCAGAAUCUGAUUCGGAAGAUGACGAAAUGGAUGUUGAUAUUCCCAUGCAGCACACAGCUCAGGGCCGGCACCCACAAGUUGCGGGCACGAAACAACCACCAAAACCUACGAAGUCUCCAAUGUCAUCCCCAUUGCUCAAUUCCAGUAUGCUGAGGUCCACUCCUACUCUGCGAGGAGGAGGGAUGCCGCAGUUUGACGGUGCCAACGACAAGUCAACCCAGCACCGGCCGCAUGGAAUGACUCUUCCCAUGAAUAGCGCCACUCCGUCUGAUCUUCAUCCCUCGGACCCAUCUCCAACCAGUGAAUCGAAUCAAGCCCCGAGUCUGGUCGAUGAUGACGAAUUUGGGCCACACUCACCAAGCAGCAGCUCCGCGUCCGAUGAGCACGAUGAUGGCGAAGUUGAGUUUGAAGUCCAAGGUGACGAUGAUGAUGCUCGAAGCGUUCUGCGUGGGCCAGACUUCCAGCCAAGCUGCGCUCAAGCAGUCAGACCCCCGACGCAUACUCGGCGAGCUUCGGCAAUUCGUCGGCAUGGAGAAGAGAGAGAGGAGAAACACGUCAGUUUCGUGAGCCCCAGUCCAGCGCGCGAAAUGCCGAGUACCCGCCUGGGUGGAGAUCGAAAGAGGAGGAAGGCUUAG